CCCAAAUGGGGGCAUCUCCCCGCUGGGGAGGGUAGCCUCCUACAAGACCACUGAGGGGGCGGGGGCAGGCUUUCGCGGGCCACGCCUCAGUCUCUCAGGCUCUCAGCCAGAACAGAAGGUACACAGGCCCACAUACACCUAGGCCUGCCUUCCCAGCAAGGCGAGGGGCAAUGGGCCAGCAUCCAUUCAACAGGCAGCUCCGGCCAACAAGGUGAUAGUUGUGCAACUCAGGCCAAGUGGCCACCAUGAGGGAGGAGCUGCAGGAGGAUGUGGCCAAGCCCUAGAGACCUAGCAAGGACACCAGCCAAGAAGCAGAAGACAAGCCAGCACACACACCAUCUCCCGAGACAGAGGCACACCACCGCCUGCAGUCUACCAUCGAGUCCCGCUCCUCGCAAUCAAUGAGGCCUUGCAGUUGGGGGAGGCAUGAAAAUGGGCAGGGCAACCUCCUCAACCUCACAGAAGAGAAGAGUCAGGGCCCAUCUGGCCUGCUGCGGGGCCACUGGAAUUCACCUCCUACAUCAGACCGCCAAUUUGAAGAGAGACACUGCAGAAGUAAAUGCCGAAAGGGGAAGGCAGCAAUGCCUUGGGUCCCCAAGCCUCCUGCACACGCUGGGAGACGGUUACCCACCGAGGCACACAACUCGCCAGAGGAAAAAGGCAGAACGUUCCUCCGCUCGUGCCAGCCAAUCAGCGGGAGCCCCGGCUUCCUCUGGCCUGCCCCCGCCACGCUGCUGGGCCGGGCGGCGGCCGCCUCGUGGGCAGCGUGGAGAUCACGGGACUUCUUCCUGCUGGCUGCUGGCUCAGCGGGGAGGCCGAGGAGCGUUUGGCAGAAGCUGUUUAUCUGAAUUCUGGAAGAACCGUGGAGGCCGCCGCUCUUUUAAAUGCUCUGCCUUGAGUCACACCUAGGCUUCCAGAUGAAGCCUGAGUCGGGGCGGGCCCUCUUCCAUGUGGCUGUGGCCAGCUGCCUGUGCGCCGCCACCGUCUAUGCGGGCCUUUUCCAAGGUGUCCUGGUCCAAGUGGGCUAUGAGCACUAUGCCGAAGCACCGGUAGCCAGCCUCCCCGCCUUGCUAGCCAUGCCCUUUAACUCGCUCAUUAACGUGGCCUAUGUGCUCCUAGGAAUGUACUGGCUACAGAGAGAUGCCAGCGCGCCGGGGCGCCCCGUAGAGGUGCAGAGGGUUCGGUACAUGAAGGACGUUUUUGCUGGCAUGGCCCUAGUCUAUGGCCCCGUUCAGUGGCUGCGGAUCGCGACACAGACAUGCCCUGCUGCCGUGCUCGACCAGUGGCUCACCUUGCCCAUCUUCGCAUGGCCAGUGGCCUGGUGCCUCCUUCUAGACAGGGGCUGGAUGCCCUGGGGCUUCCUCACCAUCGAGUGCCUCUCCCUGUGCAGUUACGGCCUUGCCCUGCUGCACCCCUGGGGGUUCGAGGUCACGCUGGGUGUACACAUCGCAGCCACUGUGGGCCAGGCCCUGCGUGCCCACAGGCGCUAUGGCAGUACCUCCUCAGGAACAUACUUGGCUCUGGGUGUGCUCUCCUGCCUUGGCUUUGUGGUUCUUAAGCUGUAUGACCGUCAGCUCGCACGGUGGCCUCUCUUCCAGCGGCUCACAGGCCACUUCUGGUCCAAAGUCUGUGAUGUGCUCCAGUUCCACUUUGCAUUCUUGUUUCUAACAAAUUUAAACACUCGCCAAAGACUUCCUCCUGAGGGGAAGAUGCAUUAAAGUAUGGAAAGAAGCUACUUACAGCCGCUGCCCCCCACCAUCGACGUGGACAUGGACUAACAGAUGACACUCUGUCAUCAGUGUUCAGUUUCCUGGGUGUGAGAAGACAGGGUGAUUACACGGAAGACUGUCCCUUCCUUCAAAGUGAUGGGCUUCCGUAUUUAGGGGUGAAAUGUUAUACUCUCUGCAACUUAACUUUCAAAGAGCUAAAGCAAAUAUCUAGGUUCAGGGGAUGUGGGGUUUAUUAUACUAUUCUUGUAACUUUUCUGUAAUUUGAAAUUUUUCAAAAUAAAAUGUUGGGGGGAAUGACCCCAAGAAAUCCAUCA